AUGAGCAACCACAUCAGCUGGCUUGGUCUGGCGGCCUUGUCAUCCAUCGCGAGAUUGCCCCUUGCUGAUGCCCGUGUCCUUAUCAAAGACACUGGGGUGGCCAACAACAACGACAACCUCCUCCUCGGCCGUGGCGAACAUGAUAACACAUGUUCUUCGGUCAUAAUCAAUAUCGACCCCGCCCGCUAUGGCUGCGGACCUGGACAGCUUUCCGUACUCGAUACAUGUCAGGACCUCAUCUUCGGCUCAGACCCGCUUAGCUGUGCUGGCAAAAGGUGCUGGCCUGGUCAGUGGUGUGACGAAGAUGUCUGCCGCUCGAUCCAGGUCCUCGCGAGCCCUCUUCAGUGUGGCCCUGCCAAAGAAGACUGUGGCAGCAACCAGGUCUGUGUCAACGGCGUGGUGCAACCCAUUGAUACUGGUUUCAACGGCACGAGCUGCGGAGCUGAAGGCUCCCACAAAACUGCCUGCAAUCCUGGCUGGGCUUGCUACGCAAAUUCAUGUACACCUAUCACUCUCGGAUCUAAUGGCUGUGGCCCAAAGGACGCUGAGUGCACCUACGAGCACCUCAUCAUUGGUACCGACUCAACCCACUGCGGCUCCAACGAAACCGCGUGCGACUCUGGAAGUCUCUGUGUCUCCUCCGAAUGCUUGCCCCUGGACUUAGGAGCCGGGGAGACAUGUGACAACGUCGCUCCUGGCAGCAUCUGCUACGAUGGCGAAGUCAUUCCUAUUCACAUCAGCACAGACAACACCACCUGCGGUGAGCCAGUUGCGCACUGCGAGCCUGGCUCGGUCUGUGUCUCUGGCGUCUGCAUCAGCGAUUUGUACGACCCCAGUUGCGGCCAUGGCGACAAGCCUGGAUCUGGCAGCGCCGCCGGCGGCAACUCCAAGCCUCACCAUGACGGCAACCGCAAGCCCGUUCACGGUGACCGACCCUCAAACACCAUCUGGAGGCCUGAGCCAAUCUGCCCACCUGGCAAGGUUCAAGCCGGCCGUCUCUGCGUCGAUGUCUUUGGAGACGCCAAAGACUGCUCCGGCAAGCCAUGCUCCUCCAGCUCACUCUGCUGCCGGGGACGCUGCAUUGACUUCGACGUUGGAUCUGGCGCGUCUGGCUGUGACGGAAAGUGCGGUGACGGCUACUUCUGCUACGAUAAGGAGUGCUAUCCUUCCGAGAUUGAGCCCGUCCUGCAGUGCGGCUUGCAGCAGUGUGCUCCUCACCAGGCCUGCCUUGGCGGUAAAGUCUGUCUUGACGUUACCGGCGAUCCGCAGAGCUGCGAGAACAGCGAGCCAUGCCCCGCGAACAACGUAUGCAUACUCGGAAGCUGUGUCUCCGUCGACACUGGCGAGGACCCCAAUGCGUGCGGACCCAAAGCCCUGACAUGCCCUCCUGGCACUCUUUGCUUGGACUCCGAAUGCAUCUCUGCCGGCAUCCCGGGUUUCCCUGGUGGACCUGGCAUCCCUGGCUUCCCUGGCGGACCUGGCGGACCUGGCUUCCCUGGCGGACCUGGCUUCCCUGGCGGCCCCGGCGGCCCCGGCGAACCUGGCAAGCCAGGCAAGCCAGGCGGUUCGGGCGGCGUUGGCAUCCCUGGCGGAAAGCCUGGUCCCGACGAGUCUGAGUGCAACCCCUCGUGCGGCGACGAUUCUCUCUGUAUCGCCAAUGAGUGCCGCGUUCUUGGAAAUCCGGAUGACUGCUUCAGGGACUCUGCCCGACUCAAAUCUCGACAGACCCCAUCAUCACCUCGCCAAUCUUGCGGCUCCGACUGCGUAGCUCCCUUCAGCUGCGUUCUGGACUCCUGUGUACGCACUCCACCUACUGGCACGCCAGAUGGCUCUGGAGAGCCAGGCGAGCCCCUUGCGUGUGGUGCCAACGGCCCCUGCGACGACGGCGAGGUUUGUGUCGAGAACAAGACUUGCAUCAACCUUGGCACCGACCCCCAGAACUGCGGCACCGUUGACAGACAGUGUCCCGAUGCCUCCCCUCUUUGCAUUGCGGGCAUCUGUCGAGGCGCAGCUUCUCCCCAGUGUGGAGCUGACCCCUGCCUGCCUGAUAUCGAGAUUUGCAUCAACAACAUCUGCAUCAACCCCUCUACCGACUUGAACAACUGCGGUACUCCUGGAAACAAGUGCUCCGCCGGUGAAGUCUGCGCAGCAGGAGUUUGCCAGCGUCCUGAAGGCCCCAAUCCUCCUGGCCAGUGCGGAACUACCGCUUGCGCACUCGGCGAAAUCUGUGUCGAUGGAAACACAUGCGUCAACCUGAGCAAUGAUCCCGAUAACUGCUCAACUCCUGGCAACGCCUGUCCUGAAGACAACCCUCUCUGCCUGACGGGCGUCUGCACCGAAUUGCCUCCUGCGCAGUGUGGCACCGAGACUUGCGUGGGCAACCAGAUCUGUCGCAACAACCUUUGCGUAGACCCUUCUGUCGACGACAACAACUGCGGCCCCGACCUGGUUCAGUGCACCAGCCCUCUUGUUUGCCAGAGUGGCGUCUGCGCGCCUCUGACUGGCCCUGACGACCCCGUUACUGGCCCCGGCGACCCUGUGACUGGUCCAGGCAAAGAGGGUGGUGCCUGUGGCCUCAACCUGCCCCUUUGUGGCGAGCCUCUUCUCUGUCGUGGCGGUGAAUGUGCCGUUCUGGGAGUGCCCGGCGGCGAGGGUGACGUCAAUGACGCAUGUGGACCUGCGGACCCGGUGAUACUGGCGGAGGUGAAGCUGGCAACGCUUGCGGGCCCCGAUCUUGCUCUCUGCAAGGCACCACUUCGCUGCCUGAACAACGUCUGCUUCGGCCCCCUGACAACUCCUGGCGGCGACGAUGGCGGUAACCUCGGCGAUGCUUGCGGUCCUGCUCUGCCGCCUUGUCAAGCUACCCUUCUGUGCCAGAACGCUGUUUGCCUGCCCCCCAUCGGUGGUCCUGGCGAUGGAGGUAAAGGCGAGCUUGGAGAUGCUUGCGGCGCUGGCUUGCCCCCUUGCCAGUCUACCCUUGAGUGCCAGAACGCCAUUUGUCUGCCUCCUAACCCUGGCUCUGGAGGUGACGGUGAAGGCAGCCUCGGCGAUGCCUGUGGCCCCGAGCUUCCUCCCUGCGAGUCCAACCUCGAGUGCCGCAACAAUAUUUGCCUUGCGCCUGUCAACGGCGGCAACGGUGGCGGCGCUCAGGGCGAUGCCUGUGGCGAGGGUCUUCCCGAGUGCCAAACAACACUCGAGUGCCAGAACAAUAUUUGUCUUCCUGCCAUCGAUCCCAUCCUCAACAACGGUGGCGAGCAAGGCGAUGCUUGCGGCGAGAAUCUCCCUGCUUGUAGCACAGGCCUCGAAUGCCAGAACGAGAUUUGUCUGCCUCCUAUCACCCCCGGCGGCGACAAUGGCGGUGAAAACGGUGAUGCCUGCGGCGAGGGACUCCCCGAGUGCCAGGCUCCGCUUACCUGUCAGAAUGCCAUCUGUCUUCCCGAGAUCGCCGGCCCUGGAGAUGAAGGUCAACAAGGCGAUGCUUGCGGCCUCAACCUUCCCACCUGCGAGGCACCACUCACCUGCCAGGGCAACGUCUGUUCGCCUCCCGAGAUCGGUAUCCCCAGCGGCCCCACUGACGGCUCCGAGGGCGCCAACUGCGGAAGCAACCUGGCACCCUGCCAGUCUCCCUUGACCUGCCAGGCUGGUAUUUGUCUCCCUGUCGGUGGUCCUGGGACGGGCGGUCCUGGAGCCCCCUGUGGCGAUGGCGUCGGUCCCUGCAUCUCCCCCCUCACCUGCGAGGACGGUGUCUGCCUGCUGCGAGAGGAUCCAGGUGACGGCAAUCUUGGUGAUGAGUGCAGCGCGGACAAGCCUUGCCUCCGGCCCCUCUCUUGCGAAGCCGGCAUUUGUGUCGGACCUGGAAACCCUGGUGAAGGCGGCCCUGGCGAUGCCUGCGGCGCAGAAUCUCCUUGCAAGGCUCCUCUUCAGUGCCAGAACGAUAUCUGCCUCGCGCCCUCCGACGGUGGCGAAGACGCCCCGGGAGGACUGGGAGACGACUGCAACGCUCUCUCGCGCAGCGCAGCGGAGCCCUGUCUUGCUCCCCUCACCUGCGAGAAUGGCAAGUGUGCUUUGCUGGCCGGCCCGGGCGCCGAGUGCAACGACGACACGCCUUGCCGCAGCCCUCUCGAGUGUCAGUCAAAUGUCUGCAUUGCGCCCAAUGCAGGAGGCGGCGAUGCAGGAGGCCCCGGUGAUGCUUGUGACCCUGAGUCGCCCUGCCGUCUUCCUCUCCAAUGCCAGGAAGGCAGCUGCGUCAACCCUGGCAACAACAAUGAUGCGUGCGACAAUGACACACCAUGCAGGACUCCCCUUACUUGCCAGGAGGGCACCUGUCUUCCACCCACUGAGCAGGCCGGCCCCGGCGAUGCCUGCAACGCUGAGACCAUCUGCGCUGCUCCCUUUGAAUGCCGCAACGACGUCUGCGUGGCACCGACGACGAACCCUGACGAAGGCAACCUGGGCGAUGAUUGCAGUGCUGAGAACCCGUGCCGCAGUCCACUCGGCUGCGAAGCUGGCAAGUGUGUUCUCCUUGGCGCCGCUGGCGAUGAGUGCGCCGACAACAAGCCUUGCCGGACCCCCUUGACCUGCCAGUCUGGAACCUGCGCUGUCGACCCCGGCCUCAACAACGGCGGCGGCGGCGGAGCUGGCGAUCAGUGCAAUGAAGCCAACCCCUGCGCUACGCCUCUCGAGUGCCGCAACGACGUCUGUGUCCUCCCUGGCGCGCCUGAGCUUGGCGACCUUGGCGAUACCUGCAGUGGCGCGACCCCGUGCCGCAGCCCCUUGGACUGUGUGGCGGGCAUCUGUGCCAACCUUGGCGGCGCUGGCGACCAGUGUGAUGACAACGCCCCGUGCCGAACGCCUCUUCUAUGCCAAACCGGUACUUGUACCGCCCCGGAUCUCGGUAACGAGCUCCCACCCGACGGCGGAGAAGGUGGCGGCGGUGCCGGUGCUGGUGAUCAGUGCAACGAAAACACCCCUUGCCGGACGCCUCUGCUCUGCCAAGCCGGUACCUGCACCGUUCCCGGUCUCGGAAACGAGCUCCCCGGCGGCGGCGGCAACACUGGUGGCCUUCCCGGCGAUGAGUGCAGCACUGAGAAGGCCUGCCUCGCACCCAACGAGUGCGAGGCCAACAUCUGUGUCGCCCCCGCGGGCCCCGGAGGCGGCGGCAACAGCGGUGACAGCUGCGGACCUGAGACGCUGUGCAAUGUUCCCCUCCUCUGCGGUCCCUCCAACGUCUGCGUUCUUCCUGGAGGUCUGGCGGAUACUUGCUCGAACGAGGCGCCCUGCCGGCCCCCUCUUACGUGCCAGAACGGUGCCUGUGCUGUCGCCGAAACACCCGCCGGAGGUCUACCAGGCGAUGUCUGCAGCACCGAGCAGCCCUGUCAGACGCCCAACGAGUGUUCUGGUGGUGUUUGCGUCAUUCCUGGCGCCGGGCCCGGAGCCGGCGGCAACUCAGGCGAUGCCUGCAGCACCGAGAACCCUUGCAACGUGCCGCUCGUCUGUGGCCCGACCUCUGUGUGUAUCCUCCCCGGAGAGCUGGAUGCUACCUGUUCCAACGAUGCUCCAUGCCGCACACCUCUGGUCUGCGAGUCUGGCGUUUGUGCUGUCGACCCUGGUACGAACAACGGAGGCGGUAACAACGGCGGCUCCGGCGGCUCCGGCGGUCCGGGUGACGCCUGCGCUGCAGUCGGUGACUGCCAAGCAACUCUCGAUUGCCGUGCCGGCGUCUGUGUCAUCGUGCAAGGACAAAGUGGUGGUGAUCUUGGCGAUAGCUGUUCCACCGUCGUCGACAUUCUCCGCAGGUCUGCCGCGAACGUCUGCAACCUUCCCCUGAUCUGUGGUCCCGCCAACACAUGUAUCUCUCCGGUUGAUCUCGACGGUGUUUGCACCGAUCAGGCGCCCUGCCGCUCGCCACUCGUCUGUCUUUCCGGCGUCUGCGCAGUCGGGUCUCUCCCUCCCGCCGCAGGCGGCAAUGCUGGCGACACCUGCAGCCUCACCUCGCCAUGUGCCCUGCCGCUCAUCUGCGGCCCUGCCGGUACUUGCAUCUCGCCGGUGGAUCAGGACGGCGCUUGCGAUGACGACAAACCGUGCCGUACGCCCCUGACCUGCCAGUCCAACGUCUGUCUCCCUCCGACAUCCACUGGUGGAGAUGGCGGUGUCGGACUCGGCGGCGCCUGUGGUGAGGGCGCCAUCUGCUUCUCUGCUUUCGAGUGCCUCAUCAACAUUUGCAUCGACCCCAACAGCAAUGGCGGAAACAACGGUGGCAACAACGGUGGUGAUGCUGGCGGCCCCGGAAGCCAGUGCAGCACCGAAUCUCCUUGUCUUCUUCCUCUUGUGUGCGGCCCUGCCGGCACAUGUCUGCUGCCCGCCGCCGAGAAUGGGCAGUGCAAUGGCGACACCCCCUGCCGCUCGCCCCUCACUUGCCAGUCUGGCGUCUGUCUUCCCCCCGUCACCAUUCCCGGUGGUGGUGGUGGUGAUGGUGGCAUCCCUGGUGGUGACACCGGUGCUGGCGCCGGCGCUGCCUGCAACGACCAGACGCCCUGCGCAACACCUCUCCAGUGCAGCAACAACAUCUGCGUUGUCCCUACUCCUGGUGGUCGCAACCUCGGCGAGAGCUGUGAUGCUACCAAUAUCUGCUCGCUGCCCCUGGCCUGCGAGGCGGGCACUUGCACCAGCCUGCGCAACAUUGACGAGAGAUGCGACGGCACGCUCAUCUGCCGUUCGCCCUUGACCUGCGGCGAGAACGGUCGUUGCGCGGCCCCGACGACGACGACGCCGAAUGUCCCUGAUCUUGGACAGCUUGGCGACGAUUGCAGCGCUACCCUUCCCUGCAUCCCAGCUCUCGUCUGCGGUGCCGCCAAUGUCUGCGCCACGCCAGGUGUCGAUCUCGGCGCCAGUGGUGAAGCUUGCAGCGAGACGAAGCCUUGUCUCCCUGGCCUCACCUGCGGCUCUGACAACACUUGCGGCCCCAUCACGACCAUUCCCAACCCACCUGAACCUGGCCCUCUCGGAGCGCCCUGCAGCGCUACCCUGCCUUGUGUGACGGGGCUCAUCUGUGGCGCCGGCGACAUCUGCGCCGAGCCGGAGACGGACCCCGUCAUUGUCACACCCCAGCCCGGUGACGUCGGCGAUGCUUGCAGCUCGACCUUGCCCUGCCUGUCCACGCUCAUCUGCGGUACCGAUGACAAGUGCACCUUGCCCUCACCGCAAACCCCUGGUGGCGCCGGAGAUGUCUGUGGUCCUCUGAAGCCGUGCGAGAGUCCCCUGUUCUGCAGCGAGGGUCUCUUCUGUGUUGAUACAACUAUUACUCCUCCCGCCGGCGGCAACGUCGGAGAAGCUUGCAGCUUCACACUUCCCUGCCUGAGUCCCUUCCUCUGUGAGGGCGAAGUAUGCAUCCCCGCCACUGGCGGACAGGGACAAGGUGGUCUCAACGACGAGUGCAGCACUGACAAGCCCUGUAUCUCGCCCCUCAUCUGUGGGAGCGAGAACAAGUGCACGACCGCCCCUGCUGCUAAUGUGCCUGGAGCUGUCGGCGACACAUGCAGCGUUAUCGGCGACUGCGCAACUGGCCUCGUCUGCGCCGAGAGCAAAUGUGCCCUGCCUCCCGUUGUCCCUGGCAAGCUCGGCGCCACCUGCGGCGACAACCAGCCUUGCGAGACUCCUCUCGUCUGCGGCACUGGCAACGUCUGCGCGGCCCCGCCUCCUGGUGAUCUCGGUGCCACCUGCGGCACCCUUCAACCCUGUGCCGCGCCUCUUGUCUGCGGCGAGGGUGACAUCUGUGCGACGCCCCCUCCGGCUGGCAGUGGUCAGCCCUGCGGUCCUAGCCAACUUUGCGCCUCGCCUCUCGUCUGCGGCUCGUCCAACGUCUGCGAGGACGCCCCGACCGACGUUCCCGGAGGUGCUGGCGCUGCCUGCAGCGCACAGAAACCCUGCUUGGCUCCUCUCGUCUGUGGUGAGUCCAGCACGUGCGAGACGCCGACGGUGACCCCCGGUGCUGUCGGUGAGUCUUGCAGCCUUACCGCGCCCUGCCUGAGCCCGCUUCUCUGCAACAGCAACGUCUGCGAGGCGCCUGUCGUCAACACACCGGGUGGUCCCGGCGAAACCUGCAGCGAGACCCGUCUGUGCCGCGCGCCCCUCGUCUGCGGCAGUGGAAAGACGUGCGAGACACCGGCCGGGACGCCCGGCAACGUCAACGACCCCUGCAGCGCGACCCGACCCUGCUUGAGCCCCCUGCAGUGCUCUGGAAGCGGCACCUGUGUGGCCGGCGUCACCCCGCCUGUCACCGGCGAAACCUGCGGAGCCGGCCGUUGCACGAACGCCCAGAUCUGCAUCCAGAGCCCCAUUGGCAAUUCUCUUGUCUGUGUAGCCCUCGCUCCCGGGCCCCAGGGUGGUAACGCGGGCACCAACUGCGGCAACACGGGUCGCGCGUGCUCGUCAGCCGAGGUCUGCAUUGAGUCUGUCGCGCUUCCCGGCUCCUACAUCUGCGUCAACCUGCCUACUAUCGGCGGCAACACGGGCGGCAAUGGUGGAACAACUACACCGCCAACCGGCGGCGGCGGCGGCGGCGAGGGCGAGGGCGGCGAGACACCUUCAGGAACCAACUCGUGCGGCCUCUCUGGCGACGCUGGCACGACAACGCCCGCGCAGAACACCCAGUGUGGCGACAAGGUCUGCCCGGGCGUACAGAUCUGCAUCAACCUCGGUCCGUUCAGCUUUGGCGGCAAGGUCUGCGGCCUCCCAGGCGAGACGGGCGUUACCCUCGGCACCGGCAUCCUCUGCGGCAACAUACGCUGCGGACCUUUCCAGCGCUGCGAGGAUGCUACGCGCAGCAGGUGUACCUUCAACCCCUUUAGCGGCACCAACACAGGACCCUCGACCGGCGUCAGCGCUGGUGGUGAGGGCUCUGUGACCGUGCCCGGCGGCACCGUCGGAUCUGGAGGUAUUGUGAUCUCUGGCUCCAACUGUGGCACCGGUGGUGUCUAUGUCUGUGCCAAUGCCGGUGCCAACGUUGGCGGUGGUGUCAAUGCUGGAGCCAAUCAAUGGAUAUCUAUAUAUAACGCCGGAGCCAAUGCCGGCGCCAAUGUCGGGGCAGGCGGUGUCAAUGCUGGAGCCAACGGCGGUACCGGUGGUGUCAACGCCGGAGCCAAUGCCGGCGCCAAUGUCGGGGCAGGCGGUGUCAAUGCCGGUGCCAACGUCGGCGGUGGUGUCAAUGCUGGAGCCAACGGCGGUACUGGUGGUGUCAAUGCCGGUGCCAACGUCGGCGGCGGUGUCAAUGCUGGAGCCAACGGCGGUACCGGUGGUGUUAAUGCCGGAGCUAACGGAGGUGCCACUGGCGGUGUCAAUGCCGGAGCCAACGGAGGUGCUAGCGGUAGUGUCAACGCCGGAGCUAACGGAGGUGCCACUGGCGGUGUCAACGCCGGAGCCAACGGAGGUGCCACUGGUGGUGUCAAUGUCGGUGCCAACGGAGGUGUCACUGGUGGUGUCAAUGCCGGUGCCAACGGAGGUGCCACUGGUGGUGUCAAUGCCGGAGCCAACGCUGGAGGUGGUGUCAAUGCCGGAGCCAAUGGAGGCGCCAACGGAGGCGCUACCGGCGGUGUGAACGCAGGAGCCAACGCUGGAGGCGGUGUCAACGCCGGCGCUAACGUUGGUACUGGUGGUGCCAAUGCCGGCGCCAAUGUCGGGGCAGGCGGUGUCAACGCCGGGGCCAACGCCGGCGGAUCAGGUGCCAACGCUGGUGCCAACGGAGGUGCCAGCGGUGGUGUUAACGCCGGAGCGAAUGGUGGUGGAGGAGUCAAUGCCGGAGCCAACGGAGGAGCCAGCGGUGGUGUUAACGCUGGUGCCAAUGCCGGCGGAGGCGUCACCGCUGGUGCCAAUGCCGGCCGAGGCGUCACCGCUGGUGCCAAUGCCGGCCCAGGCGUCACCGCUGGUGCCAAUGCCGGCGGAGGCGUCACCGCUGGUGGCAGCAGCAGCGGCGGCAACACACAACAGCCUGCCGGCGCUGGGCAGCGUUGCGGCGGCAUUCUCGGAUUCGGCUGUCCUCCCUUCACCAGGUGCGAGGGCAAGACUUGCGUCGCCUUCGGCAUCGGCUUCGGCAUUGGUGCUUAG